CCGUCGUCGGGUGAGUGUCGUCGCGAAUAGUCUCUUCUCGUAUGCUGUGAUCGCGUAUUACCGAGUUGAAAAUAAAUCGCCUAAUUCGGUCGUCGGGUUAACGCGGAAGAUACUUCGACUUCCGUUUGUUUUGCGUUCGUUUUUUCACCCCGAGUACGACCUUUUAUGCUCCCUCACAAUCAGCGGGGAAAAAGAUAACUGAAAAGGGAGAAGGUAUUUCGUUGAUUUGAAAAAUUUGAAAUCGUUCCGAUCAGUUUGGCUUUUUUCCUUUAUCUAUUUUCUUUUUGUCUUUUUUUUUUUUUCAUGAAAAUUUGUCGUCCCUUACGAAAGCUAGUCAACGAUAGCCACCCACCGUUGUUUGUGAGGAAAUCGGAAGAAGAUACUCGACAGUGAAUUGUUUGGUGAUUUUAAUUUUUUUUUUGUUGGUUCAGUUUAUUUUCGCUUAUCGAUCGACCCGAACAAUUCGUACUAUUGUCGCUCUUACACGGGAUGUAACGGAUAAUCAAUUGUGUUGAGUUUAACGACAGAUGAUUAUCACCGAAUCUUGUUGGUUGGUUAAGUUCUGUUAAAGUGAAUGGAGGAGUUUCAUGACCUUCGCGUGGAACAAAGACUCCGGCGACGUUUUAUCGAUUGAGCCUGCUGCUCUAUCUACGAAGUAACAUGACCGGAUAACGCAAUAACGUCUUCCGCUGAUUUAACUGGGUUUGCGGUAAACCGGGGAAAAGAAACCAGGAACCGAGAAAAAAAAAUCUACGACUUCGAAGGAAAAGCGUUCACCUUCGUUAUUCAAGUCAUGAUGCAGGGGCGACGCUCUACGAAGUGUCCCAAGUCGAGGCGAUGACUUUUCCGGAUGGAGACCGACGAAGGUGCGGAGCCCCCUGGGGCUUGGAUCAACUUCCUGUUUCCACCUACAACCGCGUUAACGGACCGACGAGACGCGCCACUUGAAUCUUAACUCGACUUAAAGUUCUCCAUCGAUUUUACCACUGUGUGUGUGUGUGUGUGGAAGCACGUGUAACCAGUGAAUUGAUUUAGCCGGGACCGAGAACCCGGAUGACCUACUUCUCCUUCGGACGGGGAGACCAAUUUACAUGAAAUUCAUUCAUUUCCGUCAAACAGUUUCACCCGACGAUACACCGCGAUUGGGUGAAAUAUUUGAUCGAUGAAUACGUUACGCGGUUGAAAUUGUCAAGGGAACCGAAUCACUCGAAAAAGAGAAGAGAAAAAAUAUUUAAUAACGAUAACGACAAAUAUAUAUAUACAUAAAUGCAAAAUAAGAAACUAUUUACGAUACAUUACAUUAAUGUGUCGAUAUAUAAUAUUACGCAAUUAAAAUCGUACCGUAAUUGAAUAUUUUUCAAUCGGUACGUGAUUAAAUAAUAAUAAUAAUAAUAAUAAUAAUAUAAUGAGUCGUUUCCUCGUUGUCGUCGUAUUUCCGUUUUCGUGCAACUAUAACAUAUAACGCGAGGACGUCAACGGUCUUCUAAUUUUCAAUCGAGACAUUGUAAGCGAGAGAUUCUUUCAAAAUUUCAUCCGCAAAGGUCGCGAUUAAUUCGCCCCCGAAAAUGGCGGCUCCUGUGAUAGAGAAGAAACGAUUCUUCUGCCGAGAAUGGGCAUUCAUGAAGCUCUCUCAUUGCCUAGAGCAGAGACCGGCUUCGAAAACUUGCGGCGCUCUGAUAGUCGGCGGUCCGGGAAGUGGAAAAACCGCGCUAUGCGCCGAGUUGGCCUGGCCAUCGUCGGGAGCAGGUGCCCGUCAUCAGAGAGCACUGAACAGAAGGCUAUUGGCUAGACAUUUUUGUCAGGCGAGAAGCGAGGCGUCCUUGUCACCCGCACAAUUUGUCAGGUCCUUAGUAGCCCAGCUGUUGCAGGCGAGUGCCGAUGGAAUUCACCUGUCCUCACCCACGUCUCCCACCCCCAGUACGGGGACAACGUCUUUAACGUCGAGAGAAGCUGUCGCUGAAUCUUACGCGGAUAAAUUGAGAACCGAUAGCGAAAUUCAGGCCGCUUUGCAACCGGACGUUCUCGACCGGGAUCCCGAUGACGCGCUAAAAAAAGCUCUGCUAUUUCCACUUCUCGAAGUCGAACCGCCGAAGAAUUGCCUGUUCCUACUCGUGGACUCCAUAGACGAAGGGCAAAUACUCAACCCACCUCAAACCGGAACCAGAGAUUCCAGGAGAGAAGGCGACAAUGUCAGCAGAACGAUAGCGGAACUUCUGGCCAAUCAUCAUCAUCUUUUUCCCCAGUGGCUGUUGCUGGUCUGCACAGCCAGAAGACAGAGCAAAACUAUAUCUCGAAUGUUCACGGGAUUCAGAAAGAUCAGUUUGGACGACCUUCGAAAAUCACAGGUGGUUAGGGACGUUCAGCAAUAUAUUCUUGCCAGGCUCGAUCAGGAGGACGCUCUGAGACAGCAUAUUUCUAGGGAUACGGCCGAAAUGCUCAAUCAAUUGCAUAUAAAGAGUAACGGGUGUUUUCUGUACUUGGAAAAAGUGUUGGACGGAGUUGCCGAGAACUUUAUCGUACUGCGUGAAGUUCGCGAAAUACCUGGAACGCUGAACGGUCUUUAUCUGUGGCUGUGUCAACGUUUGUUCAGCAGAAAACAAUUCGCCAAGGUUCAGCCUUUAUUAAAUGUGAUUUUAGCUGCUAAAUUGCCAGUCACUCAAGAGAUACUUUUCAAGUGUGUUUGGACCGCAAACACUUCCAUUACGAUAGAAGACUUCAACAGACGACUCCAUCUUCUGAGACGUGUUAUUUCGGUAUCGAGAGCCGGUGCAUUGAUGCUAUUCCACCACAGCUUUGCCGAGUGGCUUUUGGACGUAAAACAUUGCACGCAAAAGUAUCUUUGUUCGGCACCCGAAGGUCACGCGAUGCUUUCCGCCUAUUACACCCUUCGUGGUCCCGAGUUAAACUCCGACGAAAUAUGCGUGCUCGGUCAACACCUCCAACGAUCCAUGAUCAAUUUGAAUCCGACCAGCUGCACCCUCGACGCUCACACGCUGCAGGUUUUAUGGAUGAUCGGCAGCGGUGCGCCGAUCGAAAAUUGUUAUCUGGACAGCUCGGAUUGCAUCCUCUGGCCGAGGCAGGACACGAAAUUAUUGAGAUUAUUGGUCGACGCGGGAGCUAAACCUUCGGAGAAAAUUAUCGAGGACGAUACGAGCAGGGAUGUCAUAUCAGCUAGUCAGGUAUCGCAGGAUGUGAGUCCUGUGGAGGAACCUCUGGGUGAACCUUUGACGGAACUUCUCGGGGAAAGUGGUGACAUCAAUCAAGCGGAUUCGAGCGGUCGCACGGUCUUGCAUACGCUUGCAGCCGAUGGAAAUGCAUCGCUCCUGGAAUUGGCACUGGCUGCCUGUCCGCAGGCCAAGCUCGAGGCUACGGAUCGUCACGGGCAAACACCAUUGAAUCUCGCAGCGAGACACGGCUAUGCCGAUGUAGUACGAGUGCUACUUGCAGCUGGUGCUAGUGCAGAUCACGCAGACUGUGAUGGUUGGACCGCCCUGAGGGCAGCCGCCUGGGGCGGGCAUACCCAGGUACAACUACAGCCAUCUCAAUCUCCGCGCAUCCUCAACAGUGUUAAAAGUACCCCCGAUGUAGUUAGUGUUGUGGAGCAGCUUUUGGAUCGAGGGGCAAUGGUGGAUUGUGCAGAUUGGGAUCAACGUACCGCCCUUCGAGCGGCUGCUUGGGGUGGGCACGAAGACAUCGUAAAAGCCCUGUUACAGCACGGAGCGGACGUUAAUAGAACGGAUGAUGAGGGCAGGACAGCCUUAAUUGCAGCUGCUUAUAUGGGGCACAGCGAAAUUGUUGAGCAUCUUCUGGACUUUGGAGCAGAAAUUAAUCACGCUGACAGCGACGGCCGGACUGCACUUAGUGUCGCAGCUCUGUGCGUUCCAGCUAAUCACGGCUACGCCAAGGUAGUCACGAUACUCUUGGAGCGCGGUGCAGCGGUAGACCAUCAGGAUAAGGAUGGCAUGACUCCGUUAUUGGUUGCAGCUUUCGAGGGUCACAGAGAUGUCUGUGAGCUACUUCUCGAAUAUGAAGCGGAUGUAGAUCACUGCGAUGCGACCGGUCGAACCCCACUUUGGGCUGCUGCGAGCAUGGGGCAUGGCUCGGUAGUGGCAUUGCUUUUAUUCUGGGGGUGCUAUGUGGACAGUAUAGACAACGAAGGCAGAACAGUCCUUAGCGUAGCUGCGGCACAAGGUGGCACCGAUGUAGUUAAACAGCUACUGGAUCGAGGCUUAGACGAGCAGCACAGAGAUAAUUCUGGCUGGACACCGUUGCACUACGCUGCCUUCGAAGGGCACGUUGAUGUGUGCGAGGCUCUGUUAGAAGCUGGAGCAAAGAUCGAUGAAACUGACAAUGAUGGAAAAGGUGCCCUCAUGCUCGCUGCACAAGAAGGACACAGUGCCCUAGUUGAAAGAUUGUUGGACCUCCAUGGAGCGCCGAUAGAUCAACAUGCCCAUGAUGGAAAGACGGCUUUGAGAUUGGCUGCGUUAGAAGGGCACUAUGACACCGUCAGAGUAUUAUUAGCUCACAGUGCCGAUGUCAAUGCAAAGGAUGCCGAUGGACGAAGUACUCUUUAUAUUCUCGCUCUGGAAAACAGAUUGGCUAUGGCUAGAUUUUUGUUGGAGCAUGCCCACGCUGAUGUUGAAAGUAGAGAUUCGGAGGGUAGGACCCCAUUGCAUGUAAGUGCGUGGCAAGGUCAUGUUGAGAUGGUCGCUCUGCUUUUGACCGAAGGUGGAGCCGGCGUUAAUGCCUGUGACAAUGAAAGGCGGACUCCCUUACAUUCUGCGGCAUGGCAAGGCCAUGCAGCUAUUGUUAGACUACUGCUCGAACACGGAGCAACGCCCGACCAUACCUGUAAUCAAGGUGCAACUGCAUUAGGUAUUGCGGCGCAAGAAGGUCACGAGCAUUGCGUCAGAGCUCUUUUGAAUCACGGUGCAGAUCCAAAUCAUUCUGAUCAUUGCGGGAGAAAUGCUAUAAAAGUUGCCGCCAAAAGCGGACACGAUACCGUUGUACGAUUACUAGAGGAGCAUACUGCAAGUCAGCGAAAUUUAAGACCAGGAGUUAAUGGAGGUGGUAGCAGCAGUGCAACCUCCGUCACAUCCAACUCCACUGCGGAAACUAAGCCGUCAUCUGCUAUAUUAAAUCCAUUAUCGACACAAUAUAGCCCGGCAGAAUCGCCAGACUCCACUAAAAGAAGGAGCUGUGUCUCGCUCGGCAAUAACUCUAGUAACAGUAAAUCCAGUAGCAAUCUAACUGGUAGUACUAAGAGCGAUCAGGGCAAAUUCAGUCAGAACUCAAUGGUCAACCAGGUAAUUAAAGCUCCGUUAUCUUUCACGCAACAACUGCAACAGUGCUCUAGAGGAGCAAAGAGUCGUCCUCUUAGCAAAUUGUUAUCGCCUUUGAAAAGUGAGCCACAAAGUCCCAUAUAUGCGUCGCCGCCUCAUUCUCCACUGAGUGAUAGUUUGAUUCCAUAUUCACCCACAAAUACAAGCCCACCCAGUGCUCAAACUGCAGCGAGUGUAAUACAAAGUCAAUUGGGUGUGUCUUUGUUGACGGCUAAUCAGAGUAUCCAAUACAAGGCGCAAGGUGGCAUGUAUAAUCACACGACCGCUAUUUACGAGCCGAUCAAUAUAAAAACUGAAAUCAUCGAUAGAAAUGAUGGCACAAAACCGUUUGAGUUGACCAAUGAAAUGUUGGGUUUAAGCAUUGGUAAAGAUAAAAAAAAUGGGCAUGAUGAGAAACGAAAUUCCGCUGACACUCAUUUCACUCGGGAUACGCAUAUGAGGAUAAUAUUAGGUAAUAGCGGUGCUGGAGUCGGCAGAAAUGUAAAACAUGUACCAGAAAACACCUCCGGCAGCGGCAGUAAUCCAAAACCAAAACGUAAUGGCUUAGUAUCGAACCCAGCCAUGAGGCUGGUAGCUGGUGUGAGAAACGGUUUUGAAAAUGCUACGAAUAGGAAUAAGCCAAUAACUACAAGAGUCAAUGGAUUCCAGUGGAAGGCAGAGACGCGCAAGGAAACUCCAUUAUAGGAGCAGAUAUUGCAGAUUUUCAAAUAGUAGUAUUUCUUGCCAAUUUCCAGUGGACAGCCAUCGCUCACCCAUGUUGUAGCCCUAAAUUCAUCGUCGUCAGGAAAUAUACCUCAAGUUCUCUGCAGCUCUUCGAAAAGCACAAGGCUUGUUAUAUACUAAGUGCGUGACAAAUGACUCAGUGUAUAGACGAUCGAAGACAAUUUUGCAAAGUAAAGCCUGUUAUGUCAUUAUUUGUCCGCUUCUCAAUUUGUCACAUCUCAAACGGAUGUUACAAAUCGAUACCAUGGUUGGCGAACCUUUAUCAGCAAGAAGCGAAGGUCGUUCAAUAAAUUCUUCUCAUUUUAUUUGAGCAAAAUCAAAUUGCCUCAAGUAAAAAAACGAUGAAAAUUCGGUAGAAAGAAAAAAUAAUAUAGAAAAAAUAAUUAAAAAAGAGACCUACUAAUAAUGAAGAUGAAAAGGUUGAAAAUUACCUAACAUAAUAAUACCAAAUAUUAAAUUGAGUAAGGAAGUGAAUAUACGAAGUAAAGCUAUAUAAUCUUGUGAAAAGAACUUUGUAUAAGGGUAAUGGUAAUGAAUUUCUGUACUGAUCUCACUAAUACUACAUAGUGAUACCUACUAAUUACAUUUUGAAGAGGAUCUAAAAAAAUUGACGUAACGAAAUAUUGCGAAAUUUUCUUAUAAAGACUGGUCACAGAUCGAACAAUAUUUCACAUUUCAAAGAAAUAUGAGAAUAAUAAUAAUAAAAAAUUGUAUAAAGAUAUGUAAAAAAAAAAAAGGGAAAACGAAAAGAAACGAAAAUCGUCUGGGAAAAAAAUCCUGAUGGAGAGAAUGGAGAGAUGAUAACAUGACGAAAAAAUCUGCUUGAAAUACGUAAAAUUAUGGCCUAUAUCCAAUAUAUGGAGCCUAUGUAAAUAAGUACAAGUUAUUUAUGUAUUGUGCACAACAAUCGAUCAUAUAAUUAUUAUCAUGACACGCUAGAUAUGCAAUUAGAAGUAGAAUAAACGAACAUCUAAAUUGAGAAAACUUUAUUCCGUAUCUGUACAAUGCACCAAUGAAGAAAAUAGCGCAUAAUGGAACACGUGAAACCAUCCAUCGUUGAAUGGGAAUGCUGCUGGAGUUUUAAUGCAAUAUGCUCUAACACGCUGUCUUUCUACGCUGGAAACUACACUAACUUGUUUAACAUUCCACAACAAAGUAAUGAUGUCAUAAUGCAGAUGAGAAAAGUUAAAUAGAUACCGAACCUACUUUCUACGCGAGCUAACCAAAGACUACCAACAAGAUUAAAUAUAACGAAAAAACAAAACGAGUAAAUAAAUAAUGGUCUUUAAAAUUAACGAAAUCAUUUUUAUGGCAACUUUUUUCUUUCUUUCAGUUUUUUACUAUUUAAUAAUAACCUUGAUCUUGCCUUCAUUUUCGAACAAGCCUAAAGAUUCUUGGGUACCUAUACCUGUAUACCUAUGCUAAUAACUGAAAAGGAAACAUUGUUGAAGAAUUGAUCAAAGUGUGCCUACUUGCGAAGUAAUAAUUAAUAACUAUAACAUCAUAAAAUUAUAACGACCUUUAGAAUAAUGUUAUAUAUAAAUAUUUCUACACUACUAUCAUUAAAUAUUGUAUGUCAAUUCUUUCGUGUGUUAGAAAAUAUUCUCCUAUAUACUAUAUAUAAAUUGAUAAACCAUAAAUAGAACUUUGAAUCUUCAAAAUCUGAUGAAACUAUUUAAUAUAUUUUACUUACAACGGAACAAUCGCUAAUUUACAUGGAGUAAUAGUCAGUCGUACCAUCGUCUAAACUUGUACAGCAAUUCUUGAAUUCUACGAAUUCCAGAAUAAAACUCGAUAUGUCUAAAUUAUGUGUAACACAGGUAUUGAGACUCCAUCUGUAUUGCGUAUAAAAAUUCAUCCUGUUCUUAAUAUUCAAUGGUGAUUGAAUUCAACUAAUGAUCUGGCAAGAUUUGGACUGCUUAGAGUUUAGUAUUCAGCCGCCACAUUGGAAUCAUUUUAUGGAAUUGACUUUUUAUAAUCCAUACUUACGAAAUCAUACUCUGUUAAAAUCGUUAGUGAACUUCGUUCGAACGAUACUUUGAGUGACGCUUUUUAGAAAACCGAACUUCACCUGUGACACUCAGUAAAAUAUUUUCUAUAUCAAUGACGAUUGAACUUCAAGAAAUUGUAAAACCAAGGCCUAGCUGUAUUAACGAAUGUUUAUUGUAUAUCGUUUAUAGCAAUUAUAUCGCAAACGGUUUUAUUUAACUUUAGCAAAUAGCCUAUUUAAUAUUCAAUAACCGUUUAUAUUGUAUGUUGAGCAUAGCUUUAAUUACGAAUAAACAGGUGUUCACGCUGAUUUUAGUUUACGAAAAAUCAAUCAAAGUCAGCGUGUACAAAUGACUUCUGUGUGAUUUUGUUAGGUCAAAAAAUGUGAUUUAAAUAAUGCUAAACCGAGAGAGUAAAAAUUUUUAGAAUCGAGUUGAUAGAGCAAAAAUAGUAUAAUUAGAAAAAAGAAACCAUUGUUAGCAAAGUUUAAAGUAGUUUAAUAAUUAUUAUUACCAAUAACAUUGUAAAUAAUUAACUAAAUUAUGAUUAAGGGUUUAGCGCACCCUGUAAUAUGCAAAUAGUAAACGGAAUAAAACCCUGUGUUACUCUGAAA